AUGUCUCACUCCGCGCUGGGGAUCGCAGAGACGAUCCAGAGCGCCUCCAUCAAACGUCAUCCAUCACCAAGACACGACAUCAAUCCAGCCACAGCCGCAUCGGAAAAAGCGCCCUACGAAGAGGCUGACCCGUCAGAUACAGCUAGUAUCUCUUCAGAUAUUCUCGACCGACCCGCCUUGCGACCCGUUGCGCGCAGACGAGAUCUUCCUCCUUUACCGGAUCUGAGGUUUGAGCAGAGCUAUUUGGCUAGCUUGAGAGGUGCGGAGACAUGGCAGCGCAUUGCUUGGAUUACUGUUAGGGAUCAGGUCCUUCUUCCCUUGAUCCAAGGGACUUUCUGGACACUCGGACUCGAAGGAUGGCGUUUCUGGAAUCGCAAUGCCUCAUAUCAUGGAACCACACUCGGCACACGCCUACGACGAUGGUGGUAUAAUGUGAACAAUUGGCCCAUUCCUCCUCCGCGAGUUAAGUUGGAUAAGAAGUUUGUGGAACGAGUGCAAGACUUUUAUACGGCGCAAUUCUCGAGCGAUUGA